ACAACAUAAACACGCGACUGUACGGCGCUGUCUUCCGAGUGGCCGAAACUGUACCUGUUGUUACCUUUGCCACUUUCUUAUUACUGUGUGUUUUUGGUCCAACGUAGUAACACCAAAAUGGAUGAGAAGCAGGGACCAACUUCUGAUGAUGUCCCAACUGGGGAGGUAACGUCAACCACAGUUACAGAGGGUGAUGUUGUCAAGAUGCCAACAGAUGUGGCCAUCACUAUGGAUGCUAUUCCCAAUGAAGAUGAGGAGGACAAAUCCAAAGGUCUUGACCCACAAGAUAACCAUUCCACCAGCACCUCUGACGUACCGAUGACUGGGGCUGCCAUGACGGAUCCUUAUCACUAUCUGACGCAACAGCACUUCACCUCAGAGAUCUUCAAGAUUGAGAUCCAAAACCUCCCAAGAUAUUUUGGAUUUGCGGUUAAACAACAUGGUGACUCCACUGUGGAACCAGCUGUAUGAGGACCAGCUAUCCACCAAAUAGACCAACACCAGGGAGUUUCUGAGGAAUUUAUCCAAGAUGCUGCAACGGAACAUUGGGGAGAUGUCUCCCUGGCUGAAGCAACAAAGGUGAGCUACUCGCCAAAGACACGGGAUGGUUGUGGGCCAGAAUGGAAAUG